UGCACUUCACAGCUCUGCUCCACAGUGAGAUUCCACACCAGAGAACUUCACCAGGACCAUUCAGCAUGGACCUGUUCACCAAAACUCUCUUUCUGUGCUUAGCACUUGCCCUCGCUAAUGGAGCACCUAUGCAUCCACAAGAUUCAGCCGCCAACGGUGGAGAAGACCAUGCUGCUGUUCCAGACCGGUGUAAAGGUAUUGAGUUUGAUGCCAUCACUCUUGACGAGAAAGGAACCACUUUGUUCUUCAAAGGUGCCCACCUGUGGAAGGGUUACCAUGGUCCAGCUCAGCGCUCCAAUGAGACCUUCGAGGAGCUGGAUGACACCCAUCACAUUGGCCAUGUUGACGCUGCCAUCCGCAUGCAUAACAAGGAGAGCCCAGACAUCCACGAUCGCAACUACUUCUUCCAGGAUGACAAGGUCUUCAGGUACUACAAUUAUUCUCUGGAAGAUGGGUAUCCAAAAGAAAUCCAGGCGGACUUCCCAGGAAUUCCCACUCACCUGGAUGCUGCUGUGGAGUGUCCCAGUGGAGAGUGCACGACGGAUUCAGUUCUGUUCUUCAAGGGAAAUGAUGUGCAUGUUUAUGAUAUUGCCACGAAGACAGUGAAGACCAAGACUUGGUCCCACCUGCCGUCCUGCACCUCUGUUUUACGCUGGCAGGAGCACUACUACUGUUUCCAUGGACACAACUUCACCAGGUUCAACCCCGUAUCCGGAGAGGUGACCGGCACCUACCCAAAAGAUGCCCGCAAUUACUUCAUGAGGUGCCCUAACUUUGGUCAUGGGGGUGGUUAUAAAAUCCUGAAAUGCAGUGAGAUCAAGUUAGAUGCCAUCACCGCUGAUGAUUCAGGAAAGACGUACAUGUUUGCAGGUCGUAUCUACAUGCGUCUGGACACGCAUCGUGACGGCCUUCACGCCUUCCCAAUCAUCAGGGGGUGGAAAGAGGUGACCAACGGGGUGGAUGCUGUCUUCUCCUACACUGACAAAAUCUAUUUGAUUAAGGGUGAUCAGGUUUACAUCUAUAAAUCAACUGCUCAACACACCCUGGUUGAAGGCUACCCUAAAACCCUGAAGGAGGAGCUCGGCAUUGAAGGACACGUGGACGCUGCUUUUCUCUGUCCCAAUGGACACACAGUUCAUAUAAUCCAAGGACAGCGGAUGCUUGACGUCGACCUUACAGCCACGCCCAGGGUGGUGACCCGGGAUGUGUCCGUGCCCGUGUCUGACAUUGAUGCUGGUCUGUGUGGUUCAGACGGAGUUAAAGUUUUCAAGGGCUCGCAGUACUACCGUUAUGAAAGCGCCACAACUCUGGCUGCGAGCAGAAUUGCCCCUGAGCCUCUGAAUAUCACCUCAGCAAUGUUGGGGUGUCAGGAUUAGGACUCACAGUAAUCUGCUUAUCAGUGCCCCCCAAACAGCACAGAGAGACGGCGUUUGCAUCAGAUGCUUCACUCAACCUCCAUACAAAACUAAGUGACAGUGAAUCUGUACAAACAGACUGACAGAAUGGAAUCAAAACCAUCUCACUAUUUAGUAAAGAACUAAAUGUUGAGAUUUUGGAAAAAUCCUUCUCCCAUGACAGGUGGAGUUUGAGUUGUUUGGUGAAUAAAAAAUAAAAAAUUGGAAAAGAAAA